CGCGAGCCUCCGCUCAGUAAUUUAACUGAUUUUCAGUCGAGUCGAAAGAACAACUGAGUCAAAUCCCAGUGGUUUCAUGACCAAAACCAAAAGGUUUUAUCUUUUAAUAGCGAGAGAAAAGUCCAGUGACUGUAUGGAAGGAUAGAACUAGGAAAAUUCCGGAUUCAGAAAGAAUCUUUAAUGAUGAUGAUGAUGAUGAUGAUGAAGACCGUUUUGCUGCUGAUCUCAGUACUCCUAACUGAACCUCUUCAGUCCAAGGGCAGACCAGCCACACAAGAUGAGACGUUAGCUCUGGUCGAGCCAACGCCAUACACUUUAUAUCUGGGGGACAGACUGGAGCUGAGCUGUAAAGCUAUAGAGGAGAUACAGGAAGUGACCUGGACUAAGGACCACAUUCCCCUGGUUGACGGAGAGCACACCCGCCUGCGCAACCAUCAGAUGGAGAUUGAGACAGUAGAGCCGGCCGACUCUGGUCUGUAUGCAUGCUUUGCUCAGGGACCCAACAGCAACCAUACAGAUUACUUCAAUAUCAACGUUACAGAUGGAUUGGCUUCCUCAGAGGACACCAAGCUAUCAAGUAACCAGAAACUGCUUCAGCGUUCACCACAAAAGUCAAUUCUUCAGGCUGGGUUGCCUGCUAACCGUACAGUAGUGGAGGGGAGUGACGUGGAGUUUGUAUGUAAAAUCCUCAACGAUCAUCGGCAUCACAUCCAGUGGCUGAAGCACAUCAUGGGCCCUGAUGGAUUGCCAUAUGUUCGGGUCUUGAAGACUGCAGGCAUCAACACCAUGGAUAAGGAGAUGGAGGUACUGCAGAUCAGGAAUGUGUCUUUAGAGGAUGCUGGAGAGUACACCUGCUUGGCUGGAAACUCUAUAGGCCACUCCCAUCACUCUGCAUGGUUGACUGUCUAUAAAGCAUCAUCCUCCAGUCAAGCUCCAGCCGUCCUACGCCUGACUUAUGUACUGCCAUCUGUCCUGGUCUGCAUGUUGUUCCUAGUCAGGUAGUGUUGUUUGUUUGCUUGUAUUUUGAGCCAAAUAAAGCUCGCAAUUUUCUCUGCACCUGAGGCCUCAUUUUCACCUUCCACAAAUUCAGACAUACUUAAAAAUACAACAUGCUGUUUUUUCUUCAUUUACAAAAUCUUAAUGUAGGUUGUGAUGAAAAGUUAAAUGUUUUCUAUGAAAGACUGUAGUGAAAGUUGUUUUAUAUUUGUAUUAUUAGUUUUUUAAAUACAUUCUGCAAAGUAUAAGUGUGUGUGUGUGUGUGUGUGUGUGUGGUUCAGAUAUACUCUACAUCAGGGGUGCCCAAGCCUGGUCCUGGAGAUCUACCUACCUUCAGUUUCAGUUUCCAGGACCGGGUUGGACACCCCUGCCCUACAUUAUGGGGACAAAAUAUCCCCUCAAAGAUGGCAAUAUCUAAAACCCUUGUGGGGACAUGUUGGGCAACAUGAGGAAAGGAGCCAAUUCAAGUUUUUAUUUGUAUUUUUUAAUCUAAAAGAGGAAAACACUGUCUGUGAGGGAUGGUUUAGGCUUAUAGAAAAUACCGUUUGUACACUAUAAAUCCAGUACACCUAUAAAAUGUCCCAAUAAAACAUGGAAACCCAA